GGCGUGAUACUGGCGCUCGGCGGAGAGUGAGGCGGCCUCCCGACUCUCUGACGCCAGGUCGAGCUGCAGACUCAACUGAGGCGGUGGGAUCGCUGAGGAGGGGCCCGCAUACAGACCCAGCGCCGGUGCGACAGGAAAGGACCUUGGAAACUUGGGAAGUACUUGGAAAAAAAAAGAAAUCCAAGAAUCAGACAGUCCGUCUCUCUUUUCUAGCUGAUUCUGCUGCUUCUAUUGGCGACUUCAGGAGGGAAAAUUAGUCACCAUGAAUGUUACUUCGCUCUUCUCCUUCACCAGCCCGGCCGUCAAACGGCUGCUGGGCUGGAAGCAGGGCGAUGAAGAGGAGAAGUGGGCGGAAAAAGCCGUGGAUGCUCUGGUUAAGAAACUGAAAAAGAAGAAGGGAGCCAUGGAGGAGCUGGAGCGGGCGCUCAGCUGCCCGGGUCAGCCCAGUAACUGCGUGACCAUCCCUCGCUCGCUGGACGGACGGCUGCAGGUGUCCCACAGAAAGGGUCUGCCACAUGUCAUUUACUGCCGGGUGUGGCGCUGGCCUGACCUGCAGUCCCACCACGAGCUGAAGGCGCUGGAAUGCUGCGAGUAUCCCUUCGGCUCCAAACAGAAGGAUGUGUGCAUCAACCCCUACCACUAUAAGAGAGUGGACAGUCCAGUCUCAGAUCAAUACAGCCAUGCCCUCCAGCACUAUCAGCAGCAGGAGCAGCAACAGCAACUUUAUACCCCAUCAGUGUUGCCUCCUGUUUUGGUACCGAGGAACAGCGAGUUCAAUGCCAAGCACACAAUGCUGCCUCGCUUCCGCAACCCGCUUCAGCAGAACGAGCCGCACAUGCCCCAGAAUGCCACCUUCCCAGAAUCCUUCACUCAGGCAAACACUGUUCCUUUCCCUCAUUCUCCGGGAAACGGCUUCCCAAAUUCACCCGGAAGCGGCAGCAACACCACCUUCCCUCACUCGCCAUCCAGCUCCGAUCCGGGAAGUCCGUUCCAGCUGCCUGAGACCCCCCCACCUGCUUACAUGCCCCCAGAGGAGCAGAUGACGCAGGACUGUCCUCAGCCAAUGGACAUCAACCUCAUGGCUCCACCUUUGCCUACAGAAACAAACAACCGGGCAGAUGUGCAGCCGGUGGCCUACGAGGAACCAAAGCAUUGGUGCUCCAUUGUUUACUAUGAGCUGAACAAUCGCGUUGGCGAGGCCUUUCAGGCUUCCUCCACCAGCGUUCUCGUCGACGGCUUCACAGAUCCCUCCAACAACCGCAACCGCUUCUGCCUCGGCCUGCUCUCCAACGUCAACCGCAACUCCACCAUCGAGAACACCCGGCGGCACAUCGGCAAAGGCGUUCACCUGUAUUACGUUGGAGGGGAGGUGUACGCAGAGUGCCUGAGCGACAGCAGUAUCUUCGUCCAGAGUCGUAACUGUAACUACCACCAUAACUUCCACCCCACAACUGUGUGCAAGAUUCCCAGCAGAUGUAGCCUGAAGAUCUUCAACAACCAGGAGUUUGCCGAGCUGUUGGCCCAGUCCGUUAACCACGGUUUCGAGGCCGUCUAUGAGCUCACCAAGAUGUGUACCAUCCGGAUGAGCUUCGUUAAGGGCUGGGGAGCGGAGUACCACCGUCAAGAUGUGACCAGCACGCCCUGCUGGAUUGAGAUCCACCUGCACGGUCCAUUGCAGUGGCUGGAUAAAGUCCUGACCCAGAUGGGUUCCCCCCACAACCCCAUUUCCUCUGUCUCAUAGGCUCCAGUAACCCCAGUCUCCACAGCCACCUGGCUGUCCGCACCCCAGCAGCUUGGUCCAAGUAGCGAGAAUAGCAGCUAACUGGUCCCAGACUGGUUUGUAGUCCAGUCAGUGGUCUGUAAAUGAUGGGAGUCCAAGCUGAUCUGGGACCAGUAAGGUUAGAUGGAUUGUUACACGGCGCUUCUACUUGAAGGACAUCCGAGUUGAACACAUGAACAGGUUGGGAGAGGAGGAAACAACGCGAGUGUGACGCACUGAAGAUACUUGAUCUUUGUGACCAACUGUAAUAAUUGAGGCAAACAACUCCUCUGGUAUCUUCCUGCUACAACUGAAAUCUAGUUUGCAUUUCAAUUUUCCCUUAAAAAUACAGUUGUAUUUGUGUUACUACGACAGUUUGUGGGACAUUCCAAGUCAUCAAAUUUGCAGUUUUCUGAUGUUUUCUGUCUCAAUAAGUGGAAUUGGCAUCAAAUGUGCAAACGCUGCAAAAACACAGAAUCUUAUCAAGUGGUUUUGGUCUAGUGAAACUAUCUUGGUACACCUGAAGCAAGACUAUUUCAGCAAGAAAUAGGAGCUUGUUUUACAUCAUUUCCUUAAAAACUGAUAGUUCCACUGGCAGACUAUUUAGCUUAUAAUAUGGAAUAAAUGUUUUGUUAGUGAAAUAAUCUGCCAGUGGAACUUUUUUAAUCAAUGUUAAGGAACUAUUGGCUUAAACCAAGCUCCUAAAUCUGGGUGAAAAGUGUAAGUUAGUUUUGUCCUAUUUCAAGUGUACUAAGAUAUUUGUUCUUGAAGAUUGAAAAAAAAUUACUUGAUAAAAUCCUGUCGUUUUGCUGUGCAGAGUACAAGUGGUUGAUAUUUUCAGUAAAUGAAUUGAUGUUAUCCCAUCAGAAAUCAUAAUUAGUCACACGAGGACAAAAUGUGGGGUUUAAAAGUGCAAAGUGUCUGGUUGUGUGUGGAGCAUAGGACUUAAAUAGCAUUUUACAAGAUAAAGACUGAAACUUUCAUUGUCAUCUUGUUACACUUUUUGUUUACUGUGUAGAUGUUGUCACCAUUAGAAUAUGUGCUAUCUGGAUUUGCAGAGCAUCUUUUGGUUAGUGUGGCGUUGCAUAAGAAUGGUGGCUGAACAUGACAUGAAGUUGAGACAAAACACAAGAGGAAGUUUUUAGCCUACAGCAGAAUGGUGUCUGAUGUGGGAGCACUGGGGAUUGACAUCGUCAUUCAAAGAUUUUGGAAACACUUCAUGAUCCAGUUUAUCUGUUAAAUAUAAAGUUCCAUCCUGCAGCAUUUUACACUUCUGGUACUGAGAGUAAUUACAUAAACACUGUUGAUGAGGUCUAAUAAUGUUUCAUUUUUCAUAAAAUGUCUUUUAAAUUCUCCCUGCAACCUAUAGGUUACUUUAAUGAAGUUUACAGAUUUAUUGCUCAGAAUCAAAGAUUGAAAAUUAAACCAGAAAAGUAUUUUUAAAAUGUACAAGUUACUUUCCAGUAACUCUUCUGUACCUCCAGGGUUUCUUUCCUUGAAUUUACAGGCUAUUUUCCUAGGACUUACAGAUUACUCCUUUGAAACACUUUUCUGAAAUUCAAAAAGUACUUUUGAAACUCAAGGGUUAUGUUACUGGAACAUACAGGUAACAUUCUGGAGCUUACAGGAUACUUUCUGAGGCCUUAAAAGUUACUUUUAAAGAACUUGUAGGUCAUUUUUGAGAGAUGAAAAUUUAUUUCUGAAAUCUACAGGUAAGAUUUCCUGAAAUUUAUGUUACUUUCUGAUACGUGUUGAAAAGUAACCUGAAAGUCUCAGAAAUCCCCUGUUCUUGCUUAAGAAAAACGUAAAAGAAUACACUUUAAAUGUUAGCAUUGCAACCUGCUGGUUCUGGAAAAUAUCCUAGAAGUUUCAAGAAAGUAACUUGUAAUUAUUUUAGGAAAGUACAGGCUUGUGUUAAAUACCUCUGCUAGUUUCUUGUUACUUCCAGAGUGGCAUAAACCUUCUUUAGAUGCUUCAAAUGUUUAUUUUCUGGGCCCCCCUGUAUUGACCCGUUCUGAGCAUGGUUUGUGCUUCUACUAUGUCAACAUGGGACUGAUUGUCACAAAGACACUGCAGCAAAUUAUUGAUUUUAACCAAAAUAUCUACUGAAUUUAUUUGGAUGUAUUAGCUGAAAUUUAUGUUUGAAAGCGCUCUUUGUUUCCACCCACCUGUUUCAUCUUGUUACAUUAUUUACACAAUUUUAUUGAAUUCUUGGUCCGUUUAUUUUCAUUUUUAACUCAUCCUUUACUCCUCCUUCAGUACCAUACGGUCCCAACUGUUUCUUUUUAUGUGGUUUUGUUCUGAAGGCUGGUUUUUAAAGCUGUUUUUACACAUGAACUCGCAUCAAUUUUCUGCAUCAUUUGACUUCAAGUUUCAAUAAAACCUGUAGGAAUAUUUGUUUUGUUUUCAAACACUUGAAAGGUAGUGUAAAUAUUCAGUGACUGCUCAUUCUCUUAUUAAAGUGACUGAACAAAGUGUAUUAUAAUAAUGUUUAAGGGAAAACAUUGAGCAUUCAGAUUUUAACCAGUAACUGAGAAAAAUAUGCCAGUUACUGUCCUAUUGUGUUUUUUAUUAAAUGCAGAUUUUGCUAUUUGUUUCUUUCUUGCUUUUAGUAAUCCUCUUUGAACUGAACUGAUUUACUCAUAACAUUCUUUUUUUUUUUGUAUUUUUUGAACGUGUUUCGGUUUGUCUGCACUUUCACAUUUUUGCCUUGUUGUUUUUUUUGUUUUGUUUUUUUUUUUUCUGUUUUGCUCUGUAAAACUCCCAGAAAAGCAGUUUUAUUCCAUGAAUAUCAAGUCUCUACUGGAAGAUUGAAUAAAAUUGUUUCAUUAAUCACAAAA